GGGAAAGAGGAAAAGAAACCCGAGAGAUUCACAUCUCACCCCAAUUCGCUUUCCUCCUCAGCAGGUUUUGAACUGGUCUGGAUCUGUGUUGAUUUUGGACUGGUAUAGAAGAUGACUAUGAACCAGCGGAAUACAAUUGAUUUAGAUCAAGGAUGGGACUUCAUGCAAAAAGGGAUUACAAAACUGAAAAAUAUUCUAGAAGGACUGCCAGAGCCUCAGUUCAGCUCGGAGGACUACAUGAUGCUCUACACGACAAUAUACAACAUGUGUACUCAAAAGCCCCCACAUGAUUAUUCUCAGCAAUUGUAUGACAAGUAUCGGGAGUCUUUUGAAGAGUACAUCCAAUCAACGGUAUUGCCUGCUUUAAGAGAGAAGCAUGAUGAGUUCAUGCUCAGGGAGCUCGUGAAAAGGUGGUUAAAUCAUAAAAUCAUGGUGCGGUGGCUUUCAAGAUUCUUUCAUUAUCUUGAUCGGUACUUCAUAGCUAGAAGAUCACUGCCAGCACUCAAAGAAGUUGGUCUCACGUGCUUCCGGGACCUGGUAUAUCAGGAGUUAAAUGGGAAAGUGAGGGAUGCUGUUAUAUCACUGAUUGAUCAAGAGCGGGAAGGAGAGCAAAUAGAUCGUGCCCUAUUGAAGAAUGUGCUAGAUAUUUUUGUUGAGAUUGGAAUGGGGCAGAUGGAUUAUUAUGAGAAUGACUUUGAAGCGGCAAUGCUCAAGGACACAGCAGCUUACUACUCUCGGAAGGCUUCUAACUGGAUCUUGGAUGAUUCAUGCCCUGACUAUAUGAUGAAGGCUGAGGAGUGUUUGAAACGAGAAAAGGACAGGGUUGCACAUUAUCUUCAUUCAAGUAGUGAGACAAAGUUGCUGGAGAAAGUACAACAUGAGCUGUUGUCUGUGUAUGCCACCCAAUUGCUAGAGAAAGAGCACUCAGGUUGUCAUGCAUUACUUCGGGAUGACAAGGUAGAGGAUUUGUCAAGGAUGUAUAGGCUCUUUUCCAAAAUACCUCGAGGCUUAGAGCCUGUCGCUAAUAUUUUUAAGCAGCAUGUUACUGCUGAAGGUACAGCUUUGGUUAAACAAGCAGAAGAUGCUGCAAGCAACAAGAAGGCAGAAAAGAAAGAUAUUGUUGGAUUACAGGAACAGGUAUUUGUGAGGAAAGUAAUUGAGCUCCAUGACAAAUUCAUGGCAUACGUGAAUGACUGUUUUGUAAAUCACACUCUUUUUCACAAGGCUCUCAAAGAGGCCUUUGAAGUGUUCUGCAACAAGGGUGUUGCUGGAAGUUCUAGUGCUGAGCUUCUUGCCACAUUUUGUGAUAACAUUCUCAAGAAGGGUGGGAGUGAAAAAUUGAGUGAUGAAGCUAUUGAAGAAACUCUAGAGAAGGUGGUAAAACUGCUUGCUUAUAUCAGCGACAAGGAUUUAUUUGCUGAAUUCUAUCGGAAAAAGCUUGCACGGCGCCUAUUAUUUGAUAAAAGUGCUAAUGAUGAGCAUGAGAGAAGUAUUUUGACAAAGUUGAAGCAGCAGUGCGGUGGCCAGUUUACCUCAAAAAUGGAGGGAAUGGUCACAGAUCUGACGCUAGCUAGGGAAAACCAAACCAGCUUUGAGGAAUAUCUCAGCAAUAAUGCAAAUGCAAAUCCAGGGAUCGACUUGACAGUGACUGUCCUCACAACGGGUUUCUGGCCAAGCUACAAGUCCUUUGAUCUUAACCUUCCAGCUGAGAUGGUCAAGUGCGUUGAAGUAUUUAGAGAAUUCUACCAGACAAAAACAAAGCACAGAAAACUUACAUGGAUAUAUUCUUUGGGGACUUGUAACAUCAAUGGGAAGUUUGAACCAAAAACAAUAGAACUUAUUGUGACCACAUAUCAGGCUGCUGCCCUACUCCUUUUCAACGCCUCAGAUAGAUUGAGUUAUCAGGAAAUAAUGGCUCAGUUGAACCUAUCAGAUGAUGAUGUUGUUAGGCUGCUUCACUCACUUUCAUGUGCCAAGUAUAAGAUUUUGAACAAGGAGCCGAGCACCAAAACAAUUUCUUCAACUGAUGUUUUUGAAUUUAAUUCAAAGUUCACUGACAAAAUGAGAAGGAUCAAGAUCCCUCUUCCCCCCGUUGAUGAGAAAAAGAAGGUCAUUGAGGAUGUUGAUAAGGACAGACGGUACGCCAUUGAUGCUUCAAUUGUGCGUAUCAUGAAGAGCAGGAAAGUGUUGGGCUACCAGCAGUUGGUUAUGGAGUGCGUUGAGCAAUUGGGCCGCAUGUUCAAGCCGGAUGUAAAAGCAAUCAAAAAGCGGAUUGAAGAUUUGAUCACUCGCGACUAUCUGGAAAGAGACAAGGAUAACCCCAACUUGUUCAAAUACUUGGCAUGAUUCUAGUGAGCCGGUGAUCAAAUGUGUAACUCUAUUGCUGCUGCAAGAAAAUGUGAGAGAAUGUGAGCUGUUUAGCUCGAACCACUGUAAAUUCUUGUACAUUUUGGCCUAAAAUCGAGCAAGAACCAUCCUGAAAGAUUGGUUCAGGUUGAGGAAUAGGUGUAAUUCGACAUUUCGGAGCAGUGAGACAAAUCCAGCUUGCAUCCGUUUCCUCGGCGCCAACUGAUGUGUUAUUUAUUAUCUUAAUGCUCGCACUUAUUCAGAUUGGCUUUUCGAUGAAGUAAAUGUAAAGAUUUCAGUAAAAGCAGCCUCCAGUUUGCUGUUUUAAGUCUUCUUUCCAGUUUCCUAUCAACUUUUAGUAUAAGAUGCAUCAUCUGUUGUUUCAAAUGCGUGUUCUUUCUGUUUGAAGUAAUGUUACAUGAAACUGUUUUAAUGGCUU